CUCUCUCUGCUCUGGUCUGACUUCAUAGCAGUCACGAGGCAACACCACGUCGUCCCGCCGGCGUGCACGCACAAGAGCCCUAUUUUCUGUACAACUUGAAGACGUUUUCUGAAUUCCGGCGUGGCAGUACCAGGACCCAAUCGGGAGGGGAGUAGAGUUAGACAGCAGGGAGAAAAAGCAACGAUGUCGUCGCCAGGUGAUAAUGACCGCUUCGACGGCAUGUACCUCAACCUCGCCCAGCAGAACCAGGGGAUCGACAACCUCCUCGAGUCGUUCUUCGGGUUCCUUCGCAGGAAGACCGACUUCUACACCGGCGCCAGCGAGGCGCAGCUGGAGGAGAGCCUUCUGAAGGUGGUUCGUCGGCAGAAGGCAAUCGCGGAGAAGGAGGAGUUGACGAGGCAGAAGGCCAGGGCGGCGGAUGAGAAAAAGCGGGCAGAAAAGAAGGCAGCCCUGGCGAAAAAGAAGGCAGAGCAGGAAGACCGUAAGAGAAAGCUGGUUACUGCUGCUGCUGCUGAGGCCUCCUCUGUCGGUGGUGUGGGUGCCGGCGAGGGAGAAAGGGUCGUGGAGGUCGGAAAGGAUGGUGCGUUCGACGUGGGCUCGGCGCCUUCGACGGAUGCGGCGGGAAGUUCGACCGUGGUCCAGACGGGAGUGGCGGCAGCGGACAUGCAGGACGCCGUGAAGGCUGCGGCGGCCGCUGGCGGACUGUCUGCGGUACCAGCAGCGGCAGCAACAGCGGCGGCCGGUGGGGACGGGCCAGAAGAGGAGGAGGCUGGUGACAAAGAUGAUGACGAGGAAGAGGACAACUCCCCGCCUCCGGUCGGAAACGGCGGCAGCACGGACAAAUACGACUGGACGCAGACUCUGCAAGAGCUUAGCGUGGUGGUCCCGGUGCCGGAGGGAUCCAAGUCCCGAGAUGUUGUGUGCGACAUCACCAAGUCGCGCCUGAGGGUUGGGCUCAAGGGACAGCCCCUCCUCGUGGACGGCGAGAUGUACAACAAAGUGAAGGUGGACGACAGCUUUUGGACCCUUGAAGAUGGGAAGGAAGUCAGCAUCGCGCUGCAGAAGGAAAACCAAAUGGAAUGGUGGAAGUGCGUCGUCAAGGGUGACCCAGAGAUCAACACUUCCAAGGUACAACCGGAGAGCAGCAAGCUGUCCGAGCUCGACGGGGAAACACGCAAGACCGUGGAGAAGAUGAUGUUCGAUCAGCGCCAGAAGGCUCAGGGGCUGCCUACCGCAGACGAGAUGAGCAAGCAGGAAAUGCUCGGAAAGUUCAUGGCGCAGCACCCGGAAAUGGACUUCUCGAGGGCUAAGAUAUCGUGAGGGCUAAGACAUCGUGAGGUAUUGAUACCGUGAGGGCUAAGAUGUCGCGAGGGCUAUGACAUCGUGAGGGUUAAGAUAUCGUGAGGGCUAAAACAUUCGUGAGGGCUUAAGACAUCGCGAGGGUCGGAAUGUAGGGGAUCGUACCUCGACGACGAGCCCAGGAGGCGCAAAUCGUGCAUGGGCGUAGCUGCUGUGUAAGGGCCAGAUGUCUACAGAUGGGGGGAUGCACGCGAACAUCAAUGAGUACCCUUUGGCAUUCAUGUUCCUUUCACUCUUCGGGUGGAGUCAAUGGCCAUUGCUUAGCUCUUGGCUGGCCGGUGUUGCGUGCUGCUCGAAUUUCUCGUGCAACUACAGAGUGUUGGACAAGAGUGCUGUUUUCUCUUGUUCUCUUUUUCUCUCUCUCUCUCUCUCCCGCCGUGGGUUUCCAUUUUACACGUUACACCGUGUGCAUACACGAGGCAAUCUUUGUCGUCGCCAUUUGACUUGAGUUGAGUGGCCGGACAAAGGAGACCGGGUUGGUUUGUCGAAUGGCGAAGACAGUUGAACAGAAUAUGCUGCUCGUGUCGGCUUGACGAUGGGAAGACAAGCGGGCAUCGGAUGAGAAGCUAGUUUGUGGGUGGAGAUGACCUCUCUUGCCAUUAGUUCACCAAACCAUUGGCGCCCGGUACUUUGGUUUGCUUGAGGUUACGAAAGCAGUCUUGGUGUAGAUGCAUGCGGGUGAGUGGGUAGUGGGCGUUAUGUGCCCAGCCGUCACUGGGGUAAACGCGUCUAGCCGAUAAUCCCGUCUGGACGCCUCACCUAGCUGUCACUUGGUUGACGGGUGGUCCACGUGUGUCGAAGAACCAACCCGGUGGCUCGCAGAAUGUGGGAGUGAUGAGGAGAGCAUUGGGGUGGUUGAGAGCGGACGAUCGAUCGCCUAGUGUAACGGGUUGUGUUGUGUGUUGUUUAUCGGCCCCGUGUUCGCUCUUCAAUGCACGCGUCGUUGUUUUUGGUGGGGGUAGGGGUUCAUGUAAAACGAGAAGAGACUAAAAAGCGGUCCACGCCGUUGAAGAACGGGAAACACGCGGUUGUUUCCCCUGGACGCCAGAGUGAGUUAACGAUAACGAUGACAACAGCCCGUUUGUAGCCCUGGUCUCAACGGUAGUCUGCUUCCUUAUUCCCCCCCCCCCCAACUCCGUCGCGAGAACGGGAAAAGGAGGGACAGAAACGGGAAAAAACUCUUCCAAUAGCUACGGCGCGUGGACGUAGUUCCCUACUUGAAUGUAAAACCUUGUGAGUCAUCUGUGGUGAUCGCAAGAACAGGAUCUCAAGGGGAGCAGGCUAUGUGUCCCGGGUGUGCGUGGCGGCUUCGGGCAUACCCAUGGUUAUCUGUGCAGCAUGUUCCAGCAGGGCGACAUAUAGAUGAGUUGUUCUGAUACCUUCCACCGUCAUCGCGCCGGUUGUGGUUUCUUAUGGGUUUCGGGAAGGCCUUAGGAGGGUUCUAGGGAUACGUUUACCUACGGACGGUUGAACCACUUUCAUAUUCAAGCAAACAUGGAUUUUACGGAGCCUCACGUGCCUGUUACGCGUGGUGCGCCGCCUCACCCACAACCUCCGAGGGGAAGACGAGGGGGGCUUCACAGUCGGAACGGGGCUACCCGCCCC